AUGCCUGCUCGUUUACCAAUUUUCGAGGUGGAACAAUGGAUGGACGCGUAUGAAACUACUCCUGGCGUUUUGAAUAUUGCAGAGACAUGUUGUGCAUCAGUAUCUGUCGACGACCUCCGAGCCCUCAGCAAGAAUGUCGAUGCGUCUUCACCGAUUGAUCUGGCACGGAAGAUGACAUACGGGCCGAUCCUGGGUUCACCGGAGCUUCGUCAAAACAUUACAAGCCUCUAUAGACAUGACGACUGUGCUGAACCGCUCUCGACUUCAUCAGUCAUUGUGACGAAUGGUGCAAUUGCGGCAAAUCAUCUGGUGUUCUAUAGUCUUGUUGGCCCAGGUGACCAUGUCAUUUCAGUAUUCCCAACAUACCAGCAGCUUUACUCGGUGCCAGAGAGCCUGGGAGCCGAAGUCUCGCUAUGGGAGUUGAAAGCCGAAAACGGCUUCGUGCCCAAUGUCGCGGAGCUGGAACGAUUCAUCAAGAAGAAUACAUUGAUGAUUGUCAUCAACAACCCAAACAAUCCUACCGGAGCUACGAUACCGACGGAAACACUCAAGGAGAUUGUUGAUGUGGCACGCAAGCACGACAUUAUCCUCUUCGCGGAUGAAGUGUACCGGCCCCUCUACCACGGCGUGGAAGAGGACAAGAUUCCGCCCUCCGUUCUAUCUCUCGGCUGGGAAAAGACAGUCGUGACUUCAUCCAUGUCCAAGGCAUGGGCUCUAGCAGGCAUUCGAGUCGGCUGGAUUGCAUCUCGGGAUGCGUCGAUUAUCGAAAAGGUCGCUAUAGCGCGGGAUUACACCACCAUCAGCGUUUCGCAACUAGACGAUCAGGUGGCCACUUAUGCCCUCGGCGACGAGGUGCGGCCUCAUCUCAUCCAGAGAAACAUGGAGCUGGCCAAGAAGAACCUUGCACUGCUUGACGAGUUUGUGCGCAACCACUCAGACUACGUCUCCUGGGUAAAGCCAAAUGCUGCAACGGUCGCAUUCGUCCAGUUUAGAAAGGCGGGUCAGCCAGUCAAUGAUGAACAGUUUUGCUUGGACUUGCUGAAGCAAACAAAAGUCAUGGUCCUGCCAGGAUGCAAGUGUUUUGGUCACGGCAAUGCUUUCAAAGGUUAUGUUCGGAUCGGGUACGUCUCGGAGACGGAAGUGCUGAGGGAGGCACUAGAGCAACUAAGUGCCUACGUCAAGGAGAACCUCGCAUAA